GUGACCACUGCGGUUCUACUCCAGUAUAUCUCCACCCGUCUCUGACUCCCGGCGGCUCCUCACUCACCCAGUGCGUCUUUAUCCAUUUUCAUUAUUAUUAGUAUUAUUAUAAGGACCAGAGCACAUCUUCCUCUUCCUCCUCCUCCUCUUCCUCCACGCACGCACUCCGAUGGCGGUCGCGGCGGCACCGAAGCGGCAGGACACCCGCAAAUUCUUCGAGAAUUUGUCCGGCGCCGGGAAAUCCAUCGCGGUGCUGACCAGCGGGGGGGAUGCUCAAGGCAUGAACGCAGCCGUCAGGGCGGCCGUCCGAAUGGGCCUCUACGUGGGGGCCAAGGUCUUCUUCAUCCACGAGGGCUACCAGGGGAUGGUGGACGGGGGCGAUAACAUCGAAGAGGCGUCGUGGGAAAGCGUCUCCAGCAUGCUGCAAGUGGGGGGCACGGUCAUCGGCAGCGCCCGCUGUAAAGAGUUCCGUAGCCACGAGGGCCGCCUGAAGGCCGCUCACAACCUGGUGAAGCGCAGCAUCACCAACCUGUGUGUGAUCGGAGGGGACGGCAGCUUGACCGGAGCCAACCUGUUCAGGGAGGAGUGGAGCAGCCUGCUGGACGAGCUCCUGCAGAAAGGUCUGAUCGACCAGGAGGCGACCCGCGCCAACUCGGAGCUCCACAUCGUCGGCAUGGUCGGCUCCAUCGACAACGACUUCUGCGGCACCGACAUGACCAUUGGCACCGACUCGGCCCUGCACCGCAUCAUAGAGGUGGUGGACGCCAUCAUGACCACGGCUCAGAGCCACCAGAGGACAUUUGUUCUGGAGGUCAUGGGCAGACACUGCGGAUACCUGGCCCUGGUCAGUGCCCUGGCAUGUGGAGCAGAUUGGGUCUUUAUCCCUGAAAUGCCACCUGAGGACGGCUGGGAAGACAACAUGUGUCAGAAACUGUCUGAGAACCGCGCUGAUAAGAAAAGGCUGAACAUUAUUAUCGUAGCUGAAGGAGCCAUAGACGGCCACAACAAGUCUAUAACUCCUGAUUACAUCAAGGAACUGGUCGUCCGCUGCCUGGGGUUUGACACCAGGGUCACCAUCUUGGGUCACGUGCAGAGAGGUGGGACCCCCUCCGCCUUCGACAGGAUCCUGGCCAGUCGUAUGGGCGUGGAGGCCGUGCUGGCGCUGCUGGAGGCGUCUGCCAACACCCCGGCCUGCGUCGUGUCCCUGGUCGGCAACCAGGCUGUUCGACUGCCACUUAUGGAGUGUGUGCAGAUGACCCAGGAAGUGCAGAAGGCCAUGGAUGAGAAGAAGUUUGAAGAGGCGGUCCGACUGCGUGGGAGGAGCUUUGAAAACAACCUGAGAACCUACAGGCUCCUCUCCUACCGGAAAGCAGACUCUGAACUUCCGAAUAGCUCCUUCAACGUGGCCGUGCUGAACGUCGGUGCACCGGCCGCCGGUAUGAACGCUGCCGUGCGUUCUGCCGUCAGAGUGGGAAUCACCGAGGGCCACAAAAUGUUCUCGGUCAGCGACGGCUUCGAGGGAUUCUACAAAGGACAAAUCAAGGAGAUCAAGUGGGGCGAUGUCGGUGGCUGGACGGGACAGGGGGGGUCGCUGCUCGGGACCAAAAGGACUCUUCCGGGAAAACAUCUGGAUAAGAUAGCUGAGCAGAUGAGGAUCCAUAACAUCAACGCCCUGCUCGUCAUCGGAGGAUUCGAGGCCCUCGAGUCCCUGCUGCAGCUGAACGAGGCCCGAGCAGACUACGAGGAGUUGUGCAUCCCCAUGUGCAUGCUGCCUGCCACCAUUAGUAACAACGUGCCCGGCACCGACCUCAGCAUCGGCGCCGACACGUCCCUCAACGCCAUCGUGGAGACGUGUGACCGCAUCAAGCAGUCGGCCAGUGGCACCAAGCGGCGGGUUUUCAUCAUCGAGACCAUGGGGGGCUACUGCGGCUACCUGGCCACUGUGGGGGGGCUGGCUGCCGGGGCGGACGCCGUCUACAUCUACGAGGAACCGUUUGACAUCCGGGACCUGCAGGCCAACGUGGAGCAUCUGACGCAGAAGAUGAAGACGAGCAUCCAGAGGGGCUUAGUGAUCAGGAACGAGAACUGCAACGAGAACUUCACCACGGACUUCAUCUACCAGCUGUACUCGGAGGAGGGUCGGGGCGUGUUCGACUGCAGGAAGAACAUCCUGGGUCACAUGCAGCAGGGAGGAGCUCCGUCUCCAUUCGAUAGAAACUUCGGCACCAAAGUUGCUGCUAAAGCGAUGCAGUGGAUCACACGGACGCUCAAGGACUCUUACAAAGGAGGACGAGUGUUUGCCAACUCGGAGGACACCGCCUGUCUGCUGGGGAUGCGUCGCAGGGCGAUGGUCUUUCAGCCCGUGUCCCAGCUCCGGGACGAGACCGACUUUGUCCACAGGAUCCCGAAGGAGCAGUGGUGGCUGAAGCUCCGUCCACUCAUGAAAAUCUUGGCCAAGUACAAGACGAGCUACGACGUGUCCGACUCCGGACAACUGGAACCCGUGACCCGGGUCCGGCCCAGAGAGAGCGACACCUCGGCCGCCAUUUGAACAGACGACGCCGCCGCCGCCGGUCAAGAGAUUCACUCCGACGUGAAAACAGCUUCACAAAACCGUGAUGGCUCCUCACACCAGGACUGAUUGACAAAUAAAUUAUGGUAGAUUUUAAAAGGCGGAUGAUAAUAUUAAAAGGUUCAACGUGUGGUUCAGUCACUGCAGCUUUCAGACGGGGGUCGUCGAUAUUUUUGAUUUUGACAGAUUGGUCUUUCGGGAAUAGAGCUUUUCACAUAGUUUCAACAAGCGAGUCUUACCAACUUUGAUUGGGGGAUCUACAAAGUUAAUAUAUACCUAAAUAUAUAUAUAUAUAUAUAAGCGCUCCUCAUUAUGAACUGUAAAAUUCAAGUUCUGGUCCUGAUGAUGUAGCUUUAUCUAUUUAUUUCUAAGACGCUAAAGCUGAGCGAACGUCCAUGUUGCAUAAAAACAGAAAGCUGGAAUCGGGUAAUCGCGUUUUUAAAUGUCGCUUUUGUCGUUUUUAUUUCCCACUGCACUUUGAGCCCCGUGAUCAAUGUAACUCCCCCGAAGCUGCUUAUAAAAGAGAGAACGUGCCCGAGGAUCAGACUCACGAGACCUGUUCGCAAAAACGUCAACCAUUUGUCUUUUUUCCUUUUAAAACCUUUUAACCCCACGUUGUUGGAAGUGAGGCAGAGAACGGUGGGAAACUGAGUCCAACGUUAACCUUUGUGCUCGCGGUGCUUGUGUGUCCUUGUCAGAGUAAUAAAUCAUGUACUGUGUGGAAAGUUA